AUGGACAAAUAUCUUGAAGAAACAUCACGUCAAUCAUUUGAAGAAGACGUUUUAUGGGCCCGAAUUUGCGAAAAUCUUGAAACAUUAGAAAGAAUUGAAGAAGAAGGCAUUGAGCUACAGUCGAAGGGUCGUAGUAUUAUUAAAAACGGAACAUAUGUUGCAGCCAAACAACCUAAACAUAAAGAUAUCGAAGAGAACUGGAUUUUGGCCAUAGUUGUAGGAUAUAUAUCUGAAAGAAAAAGUUAUGAGGUUGAAGAUGCAGAUAGAGAUGAGGCCUCAAACAGACCUGGCGAACGAUUUUUGGUGCCAUCAAAAAACGUUUUAAUAAUUCCAAAGCCUGGAGAAAUGUGGCUACCGGAAUUUCCAAAAUCUGCAACAGUAAUAGCAUUAUAUCCGGGUACAACAUGUUUUUAUAAAGCUGACGUAGUUCUUCCCCCAAGUAAAAUAACAAUACCUUUAAAAUAUUUACUUACUUUUGAAGACGAUGAUAAUGCCGAAAGGUACGUUGAUGCACAUUAUGUUUUAGAUGUUCCUAAAGAAACAAAGUGA